AUGGAGACUCGUUUUCCUGAUGUUGGGUUUAGAGUUGGACCGCUCCUUUUGGAGGGGCUCUCUGCAAAACCCAUCACGCCUAGGAGGAUCCUACUGUGGAACAGUUUAAGCCUAAGCCAGCCUAGAAGGGGCUUGAUAUGCCGUUUGAGGCAUUUUGGGUACACCCCAUGUGUCGCAGCGGGGCACGAAGCUCCGCUUGAUCCGACCGAAAUACAAGAAAACAAAUCCUUCAAGAAAGAGCCGCUUAGGGACUCUCAGCCAAAAGCGCCUCGGUUUCGGCUUCAGGGGAUUCCCAAUCUGCCGACCAGAGAAACUCAGCGCAGGCCCGUUCAGCCGCCAGCUCCGCCGGAGCCCGCCAAGAAAGAGGACAUCCUCAGAAACGUUGCCCACAAUGCUACCCUCACCUCCAUCGAGCCAGACACCUGGACACCAGACAGGGACUUGUGCGAGCGUCCAAAGGAGGAGAAGCCGCCAGCUCCGCCGGAGGAGGACUCCGAGCUCAUACGCUGCCAUCUCCAUAGGAAGCCACAGCUGAGCUGCAAGAUUUGCCGCCGAGUAUACUAUUCGGCGGUUGAUCCAAACUCGCAGAAGAAGGACGACAAGAAGGGCUCUGACAGAAAGCCGGAGGACGAGGCUCCUGGCGCCGCAGACUCAAUUCUGCUUGAGGCUCGGAUGCGCGGUGCGGAGGCCUUCGAAAUCACCAACAAGCAGACCUACAACUUCAACUCGAUGUCAGAGGCUCAUCAGCCCAGGUUGCGAGAUCAGAUCUUGAAGAACACGUACUUCAAGACGCUUGUCAAGAUCGAUACUUUCGAGGGCAUCAUGGACGAGAUGUAUCAGUAUGUGGAGACAGCCGAAACCUAUGGUGGCGGCUCUACGCAUGCGGCCUCAGUGCAAUUUCCGACGGUCCCCUCCAGCUUGUUCUGCUGCCUGUAUCGUUUGUUUACCAUUGGUUUGUCCUACGAUGAGCUGAACUUGCUCUGCGAGUCCAAGGAUUGGCCCUACAUCAGAUGCUGCGGUUUUCUCUACAUCCGUUUCGGUUGUGCUCCCGAGAAGCUUUGGGACUUCCUGGGCGAGUACUGCGUCGACGACCAGGAGUUUGAGCCCUCGAAAUCCACGCCUGGCUUCGUUGUCACCAUCGGCGAGUAUGUUGAGUCCUUGCUUCUGGAUGAGCGAUACUACUACUCGACUCUCCCUCGCAUCCCUGUGGGCGUGAAGAAGAAGAUCGAGGAAAAGGUGGCACCGCUGGGGCAGUACCGAAAGAGGGCAGCCCAGAACAAGGACAUGCUCUCAGCAUUCAAAGAGGCAGGAACACCAGUGGAG